AAGCUGCUCCACACAGAAACAUAGAGAUGACUUCUGUUCUCCAGCCCCGAGAAUGUACAGUGACCAAAAAGCCCCAAAAGAGCUACGGAUUCUACCUGCGUAUUGAGAAAGACACAGCAGGGCAUCUCAUCCGGAAUGUGGAAAAGAACAGUCCAGCUGAAAAGGCUGGCUUGAAGGAUGGAGACAGAGUCCUCAGGGUUAAUGGUGUGUUUGUAGACAAGGAGGAACAUGCACAGGUGGUGGAGAUUGUAAAAAACAGCGGGAAUUCUGUUGUACUUCUUGUUCUGGAUGACGCAUCCUAUCAAAAGGCAGAAAAGGAGGGAGUGAACUUGGAAGAGCUGGGCCAAAAGGUGUCAACAGGACAGCAGCAGGAGCAGCAGUCCCCACUGCCCAUGGCCAAUGGAGCAACCACUGCAGUUCCACAACCCCGGCUCUGCUACCUAGUGAAGGAGGAGAAAGGCUAUGGCUUCUCCCUGAAAACCACAGAAGGACAGAAGGGGUUGUUCAUAGUAGAGCUUUCAUCACGAGGAGCAGCUGCAAAGGCUGGUGUCCAAAAUAAUGAUCGCCUGAUUGAAAUCAAUGGAAAAAAUGUGGAAAAUGACACACAUGAGGAAGUGGUAGAAAAGGUGAAGAAGUCUGAAAAUCAUGUUAUGUUUCUACUUUCAAAUGAAGAAACAGACCACUAUUACACAAGCCAGAAGAUGGUACUUAGCAAAGAGAGUGCCAGCCUAAGAUUGCUUCCCCUCAAACCACGACUUAUUGAGAUCCAGAAGGGAAAAGAUGGUUAUGGCUUUUAUCUACGGAUGGAACAAAAUACUGGUGAUCAUGUAAUCAAGGAUGUCGAUUCUGGGAGCCCAGCAGCUGAGGCAGGUCUCAAAGACAAUGAUAUCUUAGUAGCUGUCAAUGGCGAGCAAGUGGAUGGUCUGGAUCAUGAAAGCGUAGUGGGAAAAAUUAAGCGGUCUGAGGCAAAAACCACACUGUUGGUAGUGGAUAAGGAGACUGAUGCCAUGUAUAAACUGGCUCAAAUUUCCCCCUUCUCAUACUACUACAAAGCACAAGAUCCAGCUCCAGCUAAAACAGAGGAAAGAGUGGAGUUGCACACUGAGCAGAAAAUGAACCACAAGCCAAGAAUCUGCAAGAUGGUGAAAGGGCCUAGUGGAUUUGGCUUCAGUUUAAACAUGAUCAAGAACAAGCCUGGACUGUUCAUCAGUGAGGUACAAAACCACGGGCCAGCUGACACAGCAGGUGUAGAAAAUAACAACUUUUUGGUGGAAGUGAAUGGGGUGAAUGUGAUCAAUGAAUCCUAUGACAAAGUGGUGGCAAGAAUCCAAGAUAGUGGUGACAGACUGACACUACUGGUGUGCAGCAAAGAUGCUUACAAAUACUUCCAGAGCCAGAACAUUCCCAUCACAGUCUCUAUGGCAGAUCCAGUCCAUGACACUUCUGAACCUCCCGCUUAUACAGAAAACAAUCUGUCAAAGCCAGAGAGACACUCACCUGAACCAAGGGAAAGGGUGAGUAAUACUGCGUUAAAUAGAUGCUGAGGGAUCAUCUAGGGGAUAGAAAAAGAACUUUUUUCAGCUAGUAUGUAUUUCUGAGCUAGGAUUUUUAACUUGAGCCUGGAUUUUUACAAGUCAGUCUAGGUUAUUAAAAGGGAAGCCAUGGUCUGAUUAUCAUAAACAACUCUUCCUUUCCCCACACAUAAUACAGGUGAGUAUCUUUAAUGUAAGAUUAAAUCACAGAAAGGAUGCACAUACAAGAGAUUUUAUGGAACAAGAUAAUCCAAAUAUGGUAAUCCUUAACGAAGGUGGGAAACAGGCAACACAAUCCUGAAAGUGCAGAGAAAAGAAGUGCUUAAAUACAACAAAAAGUAUAAACCAUUUCUGGGGAAAUCAGGUGAAUAUUUCAAAACAGAUCAUUUUGUAGAAAGCAGAGCAACUGAUAGGUUAUGAUGACAUUUUCUAGGAAAUGUGCUGAUUUGACAUUAUUUUACUUACUUCAUGCCAUUAGAAAUAAUCUGAAGCACGACAGAAGUCAGAAAAGCAGGAAGGUAUUUCUUCUUGAAACAGUGAUUUUGAACCCUCUGUGUGGUCAGCCUUAAAUAUUUAAAUGCUUCUUUUCUGAUCAUGCAAAAGAGACAGCAAGGAAGAAUAAGACCAACACUGUCUCCUAUUCAUUUUUCAUUAGCCUUGCCUGCAAAUGUCCAGCUGCAAGUUUUUUCAAAAGCUUCUUAAUCACCAAGCUGCAUUUCCCAGAUGUGAAGUUAGCACCACUUUUGUGUGCAAAUUCAGCAGGUAUGGGAACUAAACAAUAGGAAACCUCUAUUGAACAAAUUUCUCUCUAAAUGUACUUAACCAAAAAGUGCUUCAACAACAAAAGUCACAUUUGUUGGUUCAUUCUGCCAUUCAAACAAGUACGUAAUUAGUGCAGAUGAAAAUAGGAAGCCUUCAUAACACUGCAGACUGUCAAGCAUGUUUACAAACUAAAAAUAAUCAGAACAUUUUUGUUACU